CUGUCCAACAUGAUGGACCUCUGCUUGUUAAUUCUUGCUUUAGUGAUGGCAGUGAGUGGGAACAUCACUUCCACCAAUCUGAACACCACCAUGUCCACCAUUACCACCACCACCGUUGUGGCUGCUACCACCGAGACCCCACCACUGAUCCUCCCCACCACUACCACCACCACUGUUGUGGCUGCAACCAAUCUCACCACCAAUACCACCAGCACAGUUGUGGCUCCAACCAAUCUCACCACCACUACCACCACCACCGUUGUGGCUCCAACCAAUCUCAACCCCAAUACCACCACCACCGUAGUGGAUGCAACCAAUCUCACCACCAAUGCCACCAGCACAGUCGUGGCUCCAACCAAUCUCUCCACCAAUACCACCACCACCGUUGUGGCUGCAACCAAUCUCACCACCACAGUUGUGGCUCCAACCAAUCUCACCACCACUACCACCACCACAGUUGUGGCUCCAACCAAUCUCUCCACCAAUACCACCACCACCACUGUUGUGGUUGCAACCAAUCUCACCACCAAUGCCACCAGCACAGUCGUGGCUCCAACCAAUCUCUCCACCAAUACCACCACCACCACCGUUGUGGCUGCAACCAAUCUCACCACCACUACCACCACCACAGUUGUGGCUCCAACCAAUCUCUCCACCAAUACCACCACCACCACCGUUGUGGCUGCAACCAAUCUCACCACCACUACCACCACCACCACAGUUGUGGCUCCAACCAAUCUCACCACCACUACCUCCACCACAGUUGUGGCUCUAACCAAUCUGACCACCAAUACCGCCACCACCAGCAGCAUGGUAACCAACAACACGUUGAUCCUGUUGUGUCAGAAUGGUGGUAAACCAACUAACAAUUUGUGCAUCUGUCCUGAUACUUUCACCGGGCAACUCUGUGAGAAACCAAACGUCUGUGAUGGAACAUCCAUGUUUCCCAAGACCUUUAUUGGACAAGCGGCCUACUCAAAAGACGUGUGUCCUCCAAAUAGUGUUAACGCCGGAUUUCCAAUCGCCACAACUUGGUGCAUGAAUGAAAAUCGCAGUUUUGCUACACCUCAAAUGCUGGAAUGUAGCCUGACCCUUGAUAAAAUCGAUACAGAUCUUUCAAAAGCCACUCCUGAUAUAUCAAAGACUUUGGCCUCCAGCACCCAAAUCCUCACGUCCAUACCGAAGAAGCUAACCUCGCAAAACAUCAGCUCGGCUGCAAAGAUAGUCAGCAAUCUGCUCUCAAACGAAAGCAGCACUCAGGACAUCUACCUUGCCUCUAUCACCACAGUUAGCCAGCUCCUUAACGCUAGCAGUGAGCAGUUGAACAGCAUCACUUCUGAGUCCAUCAGCAAUCUCACCCAGACAUUGCAGAAGUUUUCCCUGACACAAAGUGAUAAUGGAUUACAAAUUGUACAGCCGAACAUCGCCAUCCAGUCAGUCAAAGUGUCCAAAAGUUCAAAAAUCCAAAUGACUGUUUAUUCAGCUUUAAACUCUCAAGAUUCGCACAGCUUGUCAGCCAACAGAAUAAAGAUAAAUAACUCCUUCGAUAUUCAGAAUAGUCUUCCCUUCAAUGUCCAGAUGAACAUCAGCCUUUCACAAGACAACGAAGACACCAAAAUUGGCUUUGUGCUCUACAAUAAUGAUGAGUUCUUCAAAUCCCAGGUCUUCAAACCUUCGUUGGGCCUCAAGAGACCAGUGAUAAGUGGACACAUGGCUGAGGAUGAGUGUACACAUGAAAGUGGACACGUGGCUGAGGAUGAGUGUACACAUGGAAGUGGACACGUGGCUGAGGACAAAGUCCUGAAUGUUCAGUUCACGAUGCAGGACCAGGAAACACCUAGUAGGAUCCACGAUUUCGCCUGCGUGUUUUGGGACUACGAGCUGAAAGACUGGAGUACAAAAGGCUGCAAAAAAAUCGUGGCUGCUAAUAAUUUCUGUAAAUGUGAAAAACAUUUCACAACAUUUGCCAACUUCGCCAUGUUGAUGACGUACCGCUCCGACCCCAAAAUCAGCCAGGGUUUAGCCACGGUCAGUAAAAUCGGCUGUGCUAUGUCUGUCGUGGGGUUGAUCAUCACCGUGAUCUUCCAGAUCCUGACCAGAAAGUCAAGAAGAUCCAGUCCUACCAUCCUCCUGGUCAGCAUCUGUGUGUCUAUGCUCAUCGUCUACCUCCUCUUCAUCUUUGGGAUUCGGAUCAUGGACUCAGGCUCUAAUCCUACUGGAGAGAAUGUCAUCCCUGUGUCUGAUUUCUAUACAAAGCCAGACUAUGGGCCAUGUACGGCGUACGCCGUCCUCCUCCACUACUUCCUGUUAGCGACGUUCACCUGGAGCACGCUGUACUCCGCGCACAUCUUCCUCUUGAUCAAAAAUACCAUCUCGGGGCCACCGCAAUACUUCAUGGCCUUGUCUGUCGUCGUGGGGUGGGGUCUUCCUGCGAUGGUGGUUGGAAUCUCUUUAGUAAUCAGCUACCGGGUUGAAAACCCAUUAAACUACAGACAGGAAGCUGUCUGCUGGCUGGCUGCAGUGGAUCAGCAGAACAGAUUUGAUGCGACAAAGCCCAUGCUGUGGGGUUUUCUGCUACCUGUCGCUGUAAUGCUCUUCUUUAACAUCGCAGUACUCUUGUACUUCUCAUACACCACCUGCAGGGUCAACCCUGACCUCAGCAGCUCACAGGUCACUCCUCUACGCAACAAAAUGCUGGGCUGCGUUUCCAUGGCUGUGGUGCUCGGCGUUUCCUGGAUCAUCGGCUACUUCCUGCUCCUGGAAAUGAAUCCCACCAUGAACACGAUCCUCAGCUUCGCCUUCUGUCUCUGUAACACCACGCAGGGCAUCCAGAUCUUCGUGUUGUUCACCUUAAGGACGGCGGUCUUUAAGGAGAAAGCCCUCAUUGUUCUCAACUACAUCCCAGCUCCUGUUUUGGCUCGACACAGGAUGACGUUUGAACUGUGGGCUAUAAAAGAAGCUGAUCUUGAAGAGAGCUACAGAUCCAUAUUUGAUCUUUAAAAUCUGUAGAGUUCAGUCACAGACGGACGUCUGGAAACACGAAAGCUACAGUAUCUCAAAACAGUCACUCUUUACAACCGCAGUGAGCAGAAAAGCACGUCAAUCCUUGAGGCUCGGAAAAACAUCGGCUGAGCUACAGUAGCCCUUUUACUGUACAUCAUCCACGUGAGGAAAGAGUUUCUGAGGCUGUCGAAGGUCAAACCAGUCGAUCAUGAUCUACUCGAAUGAAACUUUGACCUUGUGGAGAAUUCAGUACUGAAUCACCAGUGAAACACUUUUCUAAUUGGUGUCUGUAUUGUAAACACUGUACUGUAAUACUGAAAUACUGUAGAGAUCAAGAAAACAUUCUUUUGUAAAACAGAAAUGUAUUUAUUAAAUGCAUUCAAAAUGUCUGAUUUUUAGACAUAAUUCAAUUCAAUUUAAUUCAAUUCAAUGAACAUUGUCACUAAGCAGCUGUACAGAAAUGUGAACACUCUGGAAAUAAA